GUAGAGUAGUGGUCGCAUAAGGCACAGGCUGGCUGCAGAGAGGAUGAAACCCUGUGGGAAUUCUUAACCCUACUGGGGCAGAGUGCAGCUGGUCUGCUGGAGAGGCCAUGCUGAGCAGAACAGGAUGGCAUUGCCACACAACUCUUCCUUAUCUACUGCCAAGAGGAUGCAUGCCAUUCAAGUGGACUCUGUGCAGCGUUGGAUGGAGGAUCUGCGACACAUGACAGAGGUGGAGUGCAUGUGUGUUCUGCAGUCGAAGCCCAUUGGUGUGGAUGAGGACUGCCCGGGUGAACUCAUUGUAUCCGGGUUGGGUGCCACUGGUGACCAUGUGACUCGGGACAAUCUGCAAACACUCCUGAAGAGGGCACUGGUGGUCAGCACUGAACUGGGGAAAAUGUUCCACCGGCUGGAGAAGGGUCGCUGGCUGCGAGUGCAUGGCACAGCUGUCAGGGCCAACUGCCACGUCCGCUCACUAGUGCACGAGUAUAGCUGUGCCAGGGGCACACCUGCACACAUGCAGAAGUAUGAGACAGCCCUGCUGGAGAAGUGCAUGGAACUCACUGUUAUUACUGAGAGGUGCCUUCACGCUGAUGAUGAGUAUUUCCUGAAGUCCAUGAAGGAGGCCAUUCAUGAGAUCCUCACAGAUGUCAGUGAUUCCUUCAGCCAAAUGAUUGACAUGGCGCUAGCCAAUGAAAUACAAAUCCUGAUCAGGCAGCUUGAGGAAUCAGACAACCUGUUCACUAUUGAGAAUGCCAUCAGUAACUUGCUUUCCCUCACUCAGGAUGGUCCACAGCUCUGCAGUAUCAUUGCCAAGGAAGGUGGUGUGGUGGCCUUGUUAAAGAUCUGUAGGCAGGACUGUUUCAGCUGUCUCUAUGCCCAGGCCCUGAGGACCGUGGCCUCUAUCUGCUGUGUAGAGGAAGGCAUCAACCAGCUGGAAAAGGUGGAUGGUAUCCUGUGUCUUGCUGAUAUCCUGACUGAUGAGGCUUGUGCAGAAGCAGCCCGAGCAGAGGCAGCUGCAGUUGUGGCUCAGAUCACUUCUCCACAAGACACUUCUACACAACACACUGCUACACAGAACCUAGCCAGCUUCCUAGAGAGCAUGCAGGACAUCGUCACAUCUCUUAUUAAGCUCUGUGAGAGUGCAUCAUGUGGCGAGGUGUUUCUCUUAGCUUCAGCAGCUCUGGCCAACAUCACCUUCUUUGAUAGCAUGGCAUGUGAAAUCCUUCUACAGCUCAAUGCUGUUCACAUUCUCCUCCAGGCCUGCAGGGACCGCCAGCGAGUAGACACACCCUACUCUAAAGACCAGGUUGUAACGAUUUUGGCAAAUCUGUCUGUUUUGGAGCAGUCAGCCUCAGAUGUUUUACAUGAGAAUGGAAUAGAACGACUGCUCCUGCUGCUUGGUGAGAAACCUUCAUCCUCCAAUCCAUCAGAGGGUGCUGCAUGCGAGCGGGUUCAGCAAAAGGCAGCCGUCACACUGGCACGUCUUAGUAAGGACCCUGAUGUGGCCCAGGCAGCCAUAGACCUUCAAGCUGUACCUCGCCUCAUUGAGCUCUGUCGCUCUCCAGCGGAGAGAAACAGCAGUGACUCAGUGCUGGUAGCCUGCCUGGCUGCCCUGAGGAGACUAGCAACUGGAUGUCCAGAGAGCAUUUCCCCUUCGGAUCACCAGCAACUGAUCAAACCAAGACUUGUCGAUUCGUUUCUGCUCUGUUCCAAUAUGGAGGAAAGCUUUGUCUGAGUGAACCUCAAAGUCCUUGCCAGACGAACUCAUCAAUGUAAAUGCCACUAGAUUGGAAUAAUAUUGUAAUUUUCAUAAUACAUACUAAACUUGUCAUACACAAAACAUUUGUACUUUUAAAUACUUGGGUACUGUUUUCUGAGUGUAUAUUACCAGAUGAAACAACCUGGUUUUACCUGUACAAAAUAAAUAUUUAUGUAUUAAAAAUUAAAAAUGGAAAAAUAUUGGAUUUUAUGCAUUUAUGAUUAAUUUAUUUCUAAUCACAAAUACCAAUUGCAGUAAUAAAUUCAUCUAAUAAAGG